AAAACCAAUACCAAAACGACCGACACCCUCUCUCUCUCACAUUUCAACAAAAAAACAGAAAAAACACACACACACGUACAGACGCGUCUACGCUUUUAUUUCAUAUGCACAUUUAACCUCUCGUGUUUUAUUUUCCUUUCGCUUCUGAGUUUUCCAGAUGACGAGAGAAGAGGAUUGACGAUUUCUGCUCAGUUUGGUUCUAUAAAUUGAAGUUCUCUUCCACAAAUUAGCUUUGAUUCCUUCUUGUCUUGAAUCGGUAAUGCGGAGUCGUAUCUAUUGAGAAUAUGAAUUGCGGUCCUGGAGAAAAUGGUCCUUGCUCGAAGUCCAUUAAUGGCGGUCGGGAUGUUUGGAGUUGUAAGGAUUCUUCUUCUGCGGCUGAUCAUCUUGUCGUAAUGGUCAAUGGAAUCCUCGGGAGUUCCACAGACUGGAAGUUUGCAGCUGAGCAGUUUGUUAGGAGCCUCCCAGACAAAGUGAUUGUCCAUUGUAGCGAACGCAAUGUAUCUAGAAUGACAUUAGAUGGUGUGGAUGUUAUGGGUGAGAGAUUGGCUGAGGAGGUUGUUGAAGUAAUUAAGCGGAAGCCAGAUGUACGAAGAAUUUCUUUCAUUGCGCAUUCUUUGGGAGGACUAGUGGCAAGAUAUGCAAUUGGGAGACUGUAUAGACCUCCUAAAACAGAAGCUGUGGAGGAUGCACAUGAUGAAGAUUCAAGAGGCACAAUAUUUGGUUUAGAGGCAAUAAAUUUCAUCACAGUUGCUGCGCCUCAUCUUGGUUCUAGGGGCAACAAAAAGGUUCCAUUUCUUUUUGGUGUAAACGUAUUUGAGAAAGCCGCAUGUCAUGUUGUUCAUUGGAUAUUCAGGAUAACAGGCCGACAACUUUUUCUUACCGACUCCGAGGAAGGGAAACCUUCAUUGCUUCGACGAAUGGUGGAUGACUGUGGGGAUCUCUAUUUCAUGUCUGCACUUCGUGCAUUCAAACGGCGGGUGGCAUAUUCUAAUGUUGGUUAUGAUCAUAUUGUAGGCUGGGGAACAUCAUCAAUUAGACGUACUAAUGAACUGCCGAAGUGGGAGGAUUCUCUUAGUGAGAAGUAUCCACAUAUUGUGUAUGAAGAAUACUCAAAAGCAAAAGAUAGUGAUCAGCACAUUGCGGUGGACGAUGAAGGUUCUGAUACACUUACAGAAGAGAUGGUGAGAGGUCUCUCUCGUGUGUCUUGGGAGAAGGUAGAUGUUAGCUUUCAUAGCAGCAGGCAGAGAUUUGCUGCACAUAGUGUCAUUCAGGUCAAGGAUCACUUCAUGCAUUUCGAAGGUGCAGAUGUUAUACAGCACAUAAUUGAUCAUUUCCGUACCUAAGAAGUCCAACAACUGUAUAGUAUUUGACUCCUCGUGGCGUAAAUAUCAGAUCAUGACAUCGAUUAUCAGGUCUGGUGUGCUGCAUUCUCUCUCGGACCCAUGGUCCCACUCUCAUAAGCAUUUUGUUGUACCAGAAGCUCCUAUUUUCCCAGGUUGAAGGCCAUUUAAUCUCAAUGUAAGAUUAAGCCAUCAUAUGGAAUUCUGAGGGAAAUAAGAAUACGAAGGAAUUCACUGAUUCAUUAUUUUUUAUUAUGUACAUGAACAUGAAGUUAUCAAUAACAAGGGUGGACACAUUUUAUUUUGAGAUAAAACGGUCAGGUUAUGAUUGUACGUAA